UCUUCCGGGUGGACAGCUCGUGGCGUAAUGUACCAGGUUCCAAGAGGCAGGUCUCCGAGGGGCGUAGGACAUGUCAUCGCCUCGAUACCACAAUCUUUCAGAACCAGUGCUUACUGUGGCAGCAUAGAGAGUAUAUAAAAGUGCAAGAUGGCUUUUCGAGGUUCUGAUGAAUGGUGGAAGAAACCGACCCCAUAUUUUCCAGUCUUGGAUGAAUGGCUUGGCCGCCCUUGGCAGACUGAGGAAGCGGGGAGGACUUGGUCUGGUCCAUACCUCACGCUUGAUUCUAUCAAGUCUGUUCGACCCUGUAAGCAACUUCCACCAGUGUUCUCUUUCCAAGCGUUCAUAUCAUCCCGUGUGUCUUUAAUCAAUUUUGUAAUAUCCCUGCUCAUUUUCCGUCACUUCGCUCCUGCCUUCCACGUGUUGGCUAUACAAAUAUACAUCUCUACCCGUACAACAUGCUUUCACACCGCCAGGUUCUACUUGUUAACCCUGGAACCACAAAAGUUGAAGUUCGAGAAAGGUACUACGUCCUUUCCAGGAAAAUCCAUCUUGGCAGCGGCCAGGUGGAAGACCAGGUGUUCACCAUGGCCUUGCUGAAUAGGCAGACGAUCAACCGGUGGAUUUUUCAUAGCCUGAAGAGGUUGCAGACGUA